ACACAACACAACCCCCUAAACAGGGACGGAGAGAGUGCAACUGACGGGCAGAGUUAGUGAGAGUGUGUCAGACUGUAAGAGAUAAGCAGAGCUGGUCUCAGGAUGCCUGCGUACGCUACCAACAUGAGGUUAAAGUUCCCCAUCGUGGCCUUGGUUUUGGAGAUAGUCACCAUCAUCCUGUUUGCAGUGUUUGUGGUCUACGAUGAUGGGAAACAUCAUGGGCAUGCUUCCAAUGGGACCCAACAUGAAGAGGCACCCAUGGACCUCUACCCCAUGUUUCAGGAUGUUCACGUCAUGAUCUUCAUUGGCUUCGGCUUCCUGAUGACCUUCCUGAAGAGAUACGGGUUCAGCAGCGUGGGCAUCAACCUGCUCCUCGCAGCCUUCGGCCUGCAGUGGGGCCUCCUCAUGCAGGGCAUCUGGCACCUGGACGAUGGCAAGAUCAAAGUCAGCAUCUUUAAGAUUAUAAACGCAGACUUCGGCACAGCUACAGUCCUGAUUUCCUUUGGGGCUGUUCUGGGUAAAACCAGCCCUUUGCAGCUGCUCAUCAUGACUAUACUGGAGAUCACCAUCUUCUCUAUCAAUGAACACCUGGUGGCCACAGUCCUUCAGGCUAAUGAUGUCGGAGCAUCCAUGAUCAUCCACGCCUUUGGAGCCUACUUUGGCCUGGCUGUGGCUCGAGUACUUUACAGACCAGGUUUAAGAAAUGGACACGAUAACGAUGGAUCAGUUUAUCACUCCGAUUUGUUUGCCAUGAUUGGAACCGUCUUCCUGUGGAUGUUCUGGCCCAGUUUUAACUCAGCCAUCGCUGAACCAGGCUACACUCAGCUCACUGCUGUGAUCAACACAUACCUGUCCUUGGCCGCCUGUGUGCUCUCUGCUUACGCCAUCUCCAGCCUCGUGGAACACAAAGGAAAACUGGACAUGGUGCACAUUCAGAAUGCCACCUUGGCUGGCGGCGUCGCAGUGGGAACAUGUGCUGACAUGAACAUUGGGCCAUAUGGGGCAAUGCUGAUUGGAUUAGUGGCUGGCAUCAUCUCUACCCUUGGCUUCAAGUUCCUCUCACCUAUCCUGGCGUCAAACCUUGGCAUCCAGGAUACCUGUGGUGUCCACAAUCUGCACGGCAUGCCUGGCAUCCUGGGCGGCUUGGCUGGUAUUGUGGCGGUGGCUUUGGGGAAGAAAGAUGGUGCGGCUACAAUGCAAGCUGCUGCCUUGGCUUCGUCUCUUGGGUUUGCUUUGGUUGGAGGGGCUAUCACAGGUUUAAUAAUGAAGAUGCCGUUCCUGGGUCAGCCUCCAGACCAGAACUGCUUCGACGAUUCUAUUUACUGGGAGGUCCCUGAGGAGGAGGAGGAGAACGAGGAGAGCUUGGCUCACGCUGAUCAUUCAAAGAACAAAGCGGAGGCUUAAUUAUCUGCCAAUCUUCCACUGAGCAAAAACCAAAGCAAAGGAUCAUUAAUCAGCAACACCACGUCUACAGAAAACAAUUUCUGAGUUAUAGUAAUGUGCUAAAAGAAGAAGAAUAUGUUUGAAAAAAAAAAAAUGUUGGUGUUCAUAAAGUAUUUCACAUUGUGGUAAAAUUGACACUUGAAAUUAGGAAGGACAGGCUCUGAUUGUUCACACAAUUGUUGCCAAAAGUUUGUUAUAUCUCUUUUAAACUAAGGAAAGACCCUUUUGAAAAUUUGGAAUGAGAACACUUCAGGGAUUUUCUACAGUGAAAUGUGUGUUCGGUAACUACAGUCAUGAGCACUGUGCAAAAGACACAGUGGAUCACACCAUAGCCUCAGUGCUGCCUCAUACACAACUACUUCCAUAAGCUUUUGUUUUUAUCUUAAUUCAUUUUUAUAUUAUACAUAGGCAUUACAAUUAGUUUUAAUAUUCUAUGAUAGUGUUUGUCUUUAUACAUUCUUUUAUAUCUCUAUUUCUGCUGAGGUUUGUGUCAAAGAAUGGAGUUAAAACCUGCCUUUGACAAGCCUCACGUCACCUCACUGGAGCCCAGGCCUUGUGCAAGGAGUCAGAGUCAGACUGCAUGAAACCAGCAUCGAGGCUCUGACAUGGGCAGGGAUAGUUGCAUAUGUAGUCACUAAUAAACAUUUCACCUUGCUUAUCUCCCUUUGCUUACAACAUUUUUUUACCUAUCUGAGGGCAGCUUUACAAUUUCUAUAAUGCAAUGAGAUUUGCAUUCAGAUCUAUACAUUUAGCAUUCAUUUGACCGCUACUAGGCAGGCUCAUGUUCUUACUUUUGUCUGUUUUCUACUCAUUGUAUACAUGUACAUACAGUUUAGCUUUAAGAUGGAUUGACAUGGUUGGUUGUGUGAAAGCCCUGUAGUGCUAAAAAACGCAAGUGGUACUGAAUACAUUUCAGAUAUCUUUAAAAUAACUCAACCAGAGUUCCCCCUGAUUAUAAAACUGGUCUGAGGUGCAACUGUGGGCAUAAAGUAACUUUCUUGACCAUUUGAAGCAGUAGAUAGACAUUUCUUGAACCUGUUGGUUCUGCUAUAGGACAGUUUUUAUCAUGUUUUACAUAUCCACCUAUGAACUGCAGGGCUAAGCUAAACUGACUACACAUACACAAGUGUUUAACAAUGAUAUUUUGUUUUUUUAAAUGUUAAUGUUGCCCUGAACACUGACACACCAAAAACUGUGUAUUUUUUAUACAGUGGGAACGUGCUCUUAUUUGUAUAAUAUACUAAUACUGUCAUAAUAAAGAUGUUUUUGUGUAACAGUG